UGUAUGUAUACCUCACUUUCAAAGUUUUGGACCGAAGACGCCAUACUAAUGCAGGAAUAUCCCGGCCGGUAACCUCGGUGUCUGUGCAAUUCAGAAGUAUCCCGUCGGCAACCUCGGUGUCUGUAAUUCGGGAAUAUCCCGCCGGUAACCUUGGUGUCUGUGCAAUUCAGGAGUAUCCCGCCGGUAACCUCGGUGUCUGUGCAAUUCAGAAGUAUCCCGUCGGCAACCUCGGUGUCUGUAAUUCGGGAAUAUCCCGCCGGUAACCUUGGUGUCUGUGCAAUUCAGGAGUAUCCCCCUGCACAGACACCGAGGUUGCCGAUUCAGGAGUAUCCCGUCGGCAACCUCUGUGUCUGUGUAAACAUGAAACUGAGAGCAUGAUCAGAGUUCAGUCUUCGUCGUUGAAAUCUUUGGCGACACAGAUAUUUAUGCUUCACAGAAUUCCAAUAAACUCGUUACAAAAGAGAUGUUAAGUCAUCUUUUGGGGAACAUCCCAAACAACCAGACAUUCAACGUUACGGGAACGUAUUAUUAUUACGGUCUUCCCGUUGUGGUUGUGAUGUCAGUAAUAAUAAUUACGGUCAUGCUCGCUGCUGUAGUGGGAAAUAUUCUAGUGAUACUAACAGUCUUUAAACAGAGAAACCUGAGAAGUAAAACGAACGUAUUUCUUGUUAACUUGGCAGUAACCGACACCCUUACCGCCGUUCUCAAUAUGCCGAUAUCAUUGAUUACUUUGAUAAACGGUGACUGGAUUUUUGGAGACGUACUUUGCAAGUUCAAUGGAUUCACGAUGGCCAUGUUUUUGAUCUGCUCCAUUCAGACGAUAAUGUGUAUCGCUAUCUACAAAUAUAUUUCAAUAACUCGACCAUUUAGCAAUGCCAUGACUUCAAGGAGGAUUGCUGCUAUUAUUGCAACUAUAUGGUUUUGGUCUGCUCUUUGCGCCAGUGCUCCACUGUUCGGAUGGAACAAAAUAGUUUACAAACUAGGGUCGACCCAGUGUGGACCAAGUUUACCCGACGAGUGGCUUGAUUACUCGCACUCCAUUGUUAUCAAUGUCACUAACUACAUUUUGCCCCUAUCGGUGAUGAUGUUCUCAUAUUAUUAUAUUUUUAAGGAAAUUCACGAACACACGCAUCGAAUGAUCAAAACGUCAAACUUCACCCUAGAGAACUCACUGGUUCAGCAAAAGAGCGUGACUGUUACUCUGUUUCUUGUGAUGACGUGUUUUCUCUUGUGUUGGACUCCUUACGUAACGUACUCUACUUCAGUGGCUUUUGUUCGAGAUAAACACAUCAUACCUGUUAUUUUCAAUCCUUUGGGUUAUUGGUGUGGAUAUCUGAACUCUGCUUGUAACCCGAUCAUUUAUGCCCUCCGCAACCCAUCUUUUCGCCAAGGAUACAUGGAUAUUUUAUGCGGGCGCUCGAACGAUCCUUUAAAGCCCUCAAAAGAUAACGCUCGACAUAAAGUAGGUUUAAGAUCCCAGCCAAAAUACCCCGUCCUGUCUACAACCAAUUUUCUGAGGAAACACGACCAGUAUUCACCACGAACAAGUUUAUUCGACAUUGUGGAUACUACCAGGGGGAGCUGGAGUCCUUUACACAUUUCCGAAAAGACACACUUGGAGAGAAGAUUCGGGUUGAUUAAAGGAUUAGGCACUAUCCAGUUGAACUCCAGAAAUGCAGCUUCUCUCACGGGAAUUAACGACCACGGACAUAUACAGACGCUUAAGAUAAAAAAUCUCGAUUCUGAUUAUCAUCUCGCGUGUGCUCCUCACGUGCCAUGCGAUCAAAAUGUACGCUAUCCUAUAAAUUCUGUCUUGGUUAGGCAAAUCGGCGUAAACGAACGAGGCCUUCAUGCCGCCAUUAACGAAUACGCUCCCAGAUGUUUAUCUGAUCCAAAUUUGUCCAAAAGUAAAACAGUAGAAUUGCAACAAGAUUCUGCCGACGAAGAAUUCACCAAACUUUAAUGUGUUACACGUUUGUUCGCAGAAAUUUGGAUAUCUUGCCUAAUCAAAGAGCAAUAUUUGAUGUUCAAAUUGACGUGGUGAAAAUGUUACGUUUCCUGGAAUACUUCUGUAUUGUAUUCACUGAAAACUAGUGAAUGGUAUUAACUUUGUUAUUAUAUAUUGUUACAUCUCCGUUUGUUAAUUAACUUUCCGUAACUUCGUUCCGACGAAACUUU